GGCGGCGGUUCGUGAUGCCACGCCAGACAUCCUCAAGAUCCUUGCCAAUGUUCAGAUCACUGAUGUUAUUGUCGAGUGGUAUGAAGGGUUGGUCACCAGUUUGGUCGGACCUCCUCUAAUGCGGGUCGUCGACAACACCAGCGCCAAGUUCGGCCAUAACCAUCCGUUUAACACUGGCAUAGGCAUCCCCAUCGCCCGAGAGUCUGACGACGGCCAAGGAACCGUCACGUUCCUGUUCCGAGAGAUGAAGACUAGCACCGGCGAGCCCUCCGACAGGAUCCUUGGCGUCACCAACAAACAUGUUGCCACCCUCGACACCACCACCGAUUACGUGUUUGACGAGGCCAACCCUCAGUACAUUCUUGUUUGUGGUAACCGUCGUCUCGAUCGUGCCAUCAGCGAGAUUGAGGAAGCCGCCAUCGCGGGCGUCCGUGACGCCUCCAGACUUUCCAGGGAAUUCAAUAACACGCCUGAGGAGAAUACAACGGCUCUGAGACGCAGGAAGAUCGCUCUGGAGGAGAAGAACGAGGACAUCGUUACUCUUCAGGCCUUGGAAGCCGAAGUCAAAACCUCCUGGCAAGAUACCAACGGCCGCAGGUUCGGGGUUGUUGACUAUGCUCCGCACAUCUCCGUCAGGGUUGACGAUCGCCAUUACACUCGUGACAUCGCGACCUUCGUAGUCAAUGGGGAGAAGCUUCAGAAUUUUGAGAGCAACAUCUACCACGCCACACAGCUGGAGGAUUUGUUUUGGCCCACCUCUGCCAUCCGCGACGACCGGAGGAUCCCAGGCAACCUACAACUCCCCAUCCGUGCCGCUCUUAGUCGCCGCCUCACUCUGAAUCCUGACACAACGGACAUGAAUGGCGAACCUGGCUACAUCGUUGCCAAAUAUGGGAAUACGACAAAGCUUACUUUAGGCCGCUACUCUGGCAUGGAGUCCUAUAUCUCUAAGGACAUCGGCCUUGAAUCUAGGGAGGUCGCCAUGUACAAUUAUACCAAGACUUCCGGAGACUUUUCGUGUCCCGGUGAUUCAGGCUCGCUUAUCUUCACGGGAGACGGAAACGCGCUCGCCAUGCUACAUUCGGGAAUGCAUCAAGGCAUGCAUAGGCAUGUUACCUAUGCAACCCCGCUUUGGUGGGUUAUCAAGCAGAUCCUCGUCAAGUAUCCCUAUGCCGAGUUCUACGGCAUGGCCUACACGCUCGAGUGAGUUCAGGUACAUUGAUGCGCCGUCUCGCCUCCUCCCCACCCCACCCACCCACCGACUCACCCGCCACCACUGUCAUUUCUGUUAGUCUUCUAUAUGUCUCAAUUUAUCCUCUGGAUUUGUAUCUUGUGUGGCAGCUCAGACGUGUAUCCUGGAUCCACAAACCUGUAUAUCUAACAUUGAUGUGCCUUUGAUC